AUGAAAAUAUCCAACAUCGUGCUCUGUCUCGUCCCGUCUGUGGCUCUGGCAGCCGAGUUCGAGCAAAAGCCUGCCGUUGCUCUCACACCCUCAGCACAUAACCUACCCUCCGCUUCUUCGCCAGAACUUACCACGCCCUCGAGUAUUGAAGACCUGCAAAGUGACCAACGGAUCUACGAUCAAGGGUACCAAUACCUGUCUUUGAAGGUCAACCAUCUGAACCCGCCCACGGAUCUAUCGAACUGCGCUCAUUGGAAGCGUCAUCUGGAUCGACCAAGUCGCUGA